UUUCCCGUAGAAAAAGUGUUUGCCAGCCUCCCGCAGGUUGAACGAGGCGUUUCCAAAAUUGUCGGAGGUGAUCCUAAGGGCAACAAUUUUCUUUACACCAAUGGAAAAUGUGUCGUCAUCAGAAACAUUGAUAAUCCUGCAAUUGCUGACAUCUACACUGAACAUGCCCAUCAGGUUGUAGUUGCCAAGUAUGCUCCCAGUGGAUUCUACAUAGCAUCUGGAGAUGUCUCUGGAAAGCUGAGAAUUUGGGAUACUACACAGAAGGAACAUCUACUGAAGUAUGAGUAUCAGCCAUUUGCAGGAAAAAUAAAGGACCUUGCCUGGACUGAAGACAGCAAGAGAAUUGCUGUCGUUGGAGAAGGAAGGGAAAAAUUUGGAGCAGUGUUUCUGUGGGAUAGUGGUUCUUCUGUUGGCGAGAUUACUGGGCACAACAAAGUGAUCAAUAGCGUGGACAUUAAACAAACAAGACCGUAUCGUCUGGCGACUGGCAGUGAUGACAACUGUGCUGCUUUCUUUGAGGGACCGCCGUUCAAGUUCAAGUUUACAAUAAGUGACCAUACACGGUUUGUGAACUGUGUGAGGUUUUCUCCUGAUGGGAACAGAUUUGCUACAGCUAGUGCAGAUGGCCAGAUUUUUGUCUAUGAUGGAAAGACUGGAGAGAAAGUGUGCGCUCUUGGUGGAGGCAAAGCUCACGAUGGAGGUAUUUAUGCGAUUAGCUGGAGCCCUGACAGCAGUCAGUUGCUUUCUGCUUCUGGAGAUAAAACUGCUAAAAUCUGGGAUGUUGGUGCUAAUUCUAUUGUCAAUACUUUUAACAUGGGAUCAAAUGUGUUGGAUCAGCAGCUGGGUUGCUUGUGGCAGAAAGACCAUUUACUGACUGUUUCCCUGUCUGGCUAUAUCAAUUAUUUGGACAAGAACAAUCCAAGUAAACCUUUACGUGUCAUAAAGGGUCAUAGUAAAUCAAUUCAGUGUCUUACAGUGCAUAAAAAUGGUGGAAAGUCCUAUAUUUACUCUGGAAGUAAUGAUGGUCAUAUUAAUUAUUGGGAUUCUGAAACUGGAGAGAACGAUGGCUUUUCUGGGAAAGGCCACACAAACCAGGUUUCUAGGAUGGCGGUGGAUGAAAUGGAUCAGUUGGUCACCUGCAGCAUGGAUGACACUGUGCGCUACACCAACCUUAGCAAGAGGGACUACAGUGGUCAGGAUGCUGUGAAAAUGGAUGUUCAACCAAAAUGUUUAGCUGUGGGUCCUGGUGGUUAUACUGUAGUUCUAUGCAUUGGACAAAUUGUCUUGAUGAAAAAUAAGAAGAAAUGUUUUGCAAUUGAUGACCUUGGCUAUGAGCCAGAAGCUGUAGCCAUUCACCCUGGAGGAGGUACAGCAGCAGUGGGAGGAGCGGAUGGGAAUGUCCGUUUGUAUUCAAUCCAAGGAACCACGCUGAAAAAUGAUGAUAAGACUUUGGAAGCUAAAGGUCCUGUUACUGACCUGGCGUAUUCUCACGAUGGUGCCUUUCUUGCAGUCUGCGACGCAAACAAAGUUGUUACUGUCUUUAGUGUCACUGAUGGCUAUGCGGAACAUAAUGUCUUUUAUGGACACCAUGCAAAAAUUGUUUGUAUCGCCUGGUCGCCAGACAAUGAACAUUUUGCCUCUGGAGGCAUGGACAUGAUGGUGUAUGUUUGGACCGUGAGUGAUCCAGAGACCAGAGUCAAGAUACCAGAUGCUCACAGACUACACCAUGUAAGUGGCUUGGCGUGGUUGGAUGAACAUACUCUGGUAACAACAUCCCAUGAUGCUUCUGUCAAAGAGUGGUCUAUCUCCUACAAUUGAAAUAAGCCCUCACUUUGGAAGGACCUAAUCAGGGACUAGAACUACUGCAGUGGAACAUAGCAUUUCUCUUAAAGAAUCUGUAUUGGCCUCUGGGUCUGCUGUCAUAUCCUCAUAUCUUUACAGGGUGUUCAUAUCUGUAAUUAAAUGUACUUUGAAAGCUUUAGCCAGUAACAGUUUGCACAUGAAAAGCACUUAAAUUAUGUCCGGAGCUUAACCUUUGUGCUGAACAUUCCAGAGGCAACAGCCAAGCAAGUUGGUGUGAGAAAGAAUCAGGUGUGAAAGAUUCAAACUCAAUCAGUUGUUCUUUUCUAACCAAGAAACAGGAGACUGUACAGCAUGAGAGUAAUACUUCUCAUUUUUUCUAAUUACAGAACAUUUCUGUACUAACGGUCAUAGUAAGAGUAUUUAGUUGUGAUCUGAAACCAAUCAAGCUGUGUGCAGCUACUGUAUAUUGCUUUGCUUCUCUGUACUGCACCAAACUGUUGCCUCAGACUUUCUCCUCCAGUUAACAAAAUGGGGUACAUGCAUAAUAAACUUUUUAUGUAUUUCAUGUCAAAGUUUUGUGGUUUAUUUUGAGGUGGAAGUGUGGGAUUUUGAUGUACUUACUGUUGUGGGUAUGAUGUUUACAAAUAAUUGUUGUGGCAACUUCUUGCUUCAGAAACACGUUUGUUAAUUUUCAUAAAUUAAGAAUGUUUGGUCAUUUCAAUGUCAGAGAAAACCAUUCUGUUUCAAGGAUUAAAGAUAUUUUCUGUUUGAUGGAGGAGAAGCAGCAUGUUAUUGUUUAAAAAAAAAUGCAGUACUUCUGCCACCAUUUUGAAAAUACAGGAAUUAAAGUGAAGAUUUGUUA